AACUAAUUUCAGCUUCGUAAUGAUGUUUUUUAGAUGUAUUAUCAAGAAAAGUAAUAAGAUACUACAUUUUCAGUGGCAACAGAGUAGGAAGUUAAAUGUACAAGAACACAUCAGCUACACGCUGCUUAAAAAUGCUGGAAUACCAGUUCCUAAUUUUGGGGUAGCCAAAUCUAAGCAAGAAGCUAAGCAAAUCGCACAAAAAUUAAAUACUAAAGAUUUAGUAUUGAAAGCGCAAGUUUUAGCAGGCGGACGUGGAAAAGGAACUUUCAAAAAUGGACUGAAAAGUGGUGUUCGUAUGGUGUUUACACCCGAUGAAGCAGAAAAUAUCGCAGGAAAAAUGCUUGGGCAAUAUCUGGUAACUAAGCAAACGGGUGCGAAAGGUAGAAUAUGUAAUUCAGUCAUGGUAGCUGAAAGAAAAUAUCCCAGGAGGGAAUUCUAUCUGGCUGUUAUGAUGGAACGAGCAUUCAACGGUCCAGUAGUGAUAGCUUCUUCUUCAGGAGGCGUGAAUAUAGAAGAAGUAGCUGCAGAAAAUCCAGAAGCAAUUAUUAAGGAACCAGUGGAUAUUGUGACGGGAUUAAAGAAGGAACAGGCUGAUAACGUUGCUGUUAAAAUAGGAUUACAAUCUCAAAAAGAUAAGAUAUCUGAUGUAAUAAUGAAAAUGUAUCAUUUGUUUGUCGAAAAAGAUGCGCUCUUAAUAGAAAUCAAUCCAUUUGCUGAAGAUACCGCAGGCACCUAUUAUGCUUUGGAUGCUAAAUUUCGUUUUGAUGAUAACGCCGAAUUCCGACAAAAAGAACUUUUCAGUUUACGUGAUUGGACUCAAGAAGACGAGAAAGAGGUAAUGGCGGCUAAAUACGCACUCAAUUACAUCGCGUUAGACGGUAAUAUUGGAUGUAUGGUUAAUGGAGCAGGUUUAGCUAUGGCAACGAUGGAUAUCAUUAGUAAAUACGGUGGAUCUCCAGCGAAUUUCCUAGAUGUUGGAGGCGGGGCAAAUGAACAAGCUGUUAAAGAAGCUUUUAAAAUCAUCACCUUAGAUCCAAGAGUCAAUACUAUUUUGGUGAAUAUUUUUGGAGGUAUAAUGAGAUGUGAUAUCAUAGCUCACGGAAUAAUUGCGGCCGCAAAAGAAUUGAAAAUGAAAGCUCCGAUAGUUUGUAGAUUACAAGGAACAAAUAACGACGAAGCAAAAAUCGCCAUAGCUCGAUCAGGUUUGAAGAUUUUACCUGUAGAUAAUUUAGACGAAGCUGCGAAACUUUCUGUUAAACUAUCAAAUAUAAUUACCCUCGCUAAAGAUUCACACGUAGAUGUCACAUUUGAAAUGCCACUGUAGUUUUAUUUAAAAUAAAUAUAUCCCUUAAAUUACCGCUGAA